AUGAGUGCACCAAACAGCGGUAACUCAAAGAGUUCAUUACCAGCUUUGCAUGGUGUUAAGAUCAAAGCUAGAAAGAGCCAACAAAAAGCUCAAGCAAAAUACGAACCAACUGUUUUUAGGGAGGGUAUUUUAAAAGCACUUUCAAACGCUCAACCUGGCAACUUUGACGAGAUCUCUCAGCAAUUGGAUCUCUCUGGAAAUACGCUUGACUAUAAAAAAUACGGCGAAACUUUAUUUGAAAUACUUCUUACCGGUGGUGUAUUAGUACCCGGAGGUACUAUUCUUGACGAUGGGGCACAACGCAGUCCUUUUUCUAUUUUCUCGGCAGAGGAUAAUAGCGAAAGUAUUAAAAAACAUGUUGAUGUUUUCAAUAAGCUAAUCCGGCGUUAUAAGUAUUUGCAACUUAGCUUUGAAGACACCAUCAAGAAUUUACUACAAUACAUCAACAAAUGGAGUCCCGAGGAAAAUAACAAAUUAGCCAUGGCGAUUGGCUUUUUUUCUUCCGGUCAGAUGACCAACAUUAACGUUUUGACGGUUUUGUUCAAGGAACAUCUCGUCAAAGAAGGCCUCUCACUCCAAUUUGUGACAGCCGUUUUUAAGGCUUACCUCAGUGAACAGAGUAUUGACCACUUGGGUAGCUCUCUUAAAAAGGCGGGUAUGGACAACAAGCUCAUGGAAUUUUUCCCCCCGAACAAACGCGAUGAAGAAUACUUUGCUCGUUAUUUCGAAGCAGAGGACAUGAAACAACUUGUGGAUUAUCACAAUCAGAAGCAGAGGAAUUCGAUGAGAGACCAAACCAUCGAGCGUGUCAAAAAGAUGUUGCAAGCUGAGAGUACUUCGGCUGAGGUUAUCGUCUAUCUCAAACAUCAGAUGAAGGAGGGUCGCUGGCAAGAGACUGGUUUUGUCCAAAUUGUCUGGGACGCGGUGAUGCAAGCCGUGGACUGGGGCUCUCGGGCAGAACAAAUUGAAACCCAGGUUUUGCGUCAAGUCAAACAAUGUUCCAACAUUCUCUCAGUAUUCUCAACCAGUCCCAAAACGGAACUUGCCCUUUUACAAAAAGUUCAAGUUUAUUGUUAUGAUGAUACGAAAUUGCUAAAACACUUUCGUCAAAUAGUUCAAAUCUUGUAUGACGAAGAUGUCGUCUCGGAGAGUGCUAUUUUGUAUUGGUCCGAGAAAGGUGCCAGCAAUCAAGGCAAGACUAUAUUCUUGAAACAGAUGGAGCCAUUCAUCCAGUGGCUUAAGACAGUCGAUAGUGAAAGUGAAGAAGAAUGA